AUGGACUCUGCCGAGCACGGCUCAGUCCUGCUCAGGCAGCUGGAGAGGAUGAGAACCACUGAGGAGCUAACGGACGUGGUGCUGCUGGCCGAGGGGAUUCCCUUUCCGUGCCACAAGGUUGUCCUGUCUGCAUUCAGCCCUUACUUCCAGGCCAUGUUCACAUGUGGUCUGAAAGAGGCCCGGGGAGGAGAGGUACCACUCAGAGACACUCCCGCUCACAGCCUGGGUCUGCUGCUGGGCUACAUGUACCGAGCUGAACUCCCCCUCUCCAAUGACAACAUCCAGGCAGUGGCUGCUGCUGCCUUCCUGCUCCAUGUGGACGGAGCCUUCAGGUUGUGUCAGAGCCACAUGGAAACCAGUAUGGACCCCUCCAACUGUGUUGGUCUAUACCACUGGGCCAGAGACCUGGGGGCCACUGGUUUGGCUGACUGCGCCUUAAGAUACCUCUGCCAGCACUUUGCACAGGUUUGUGAAGAAGACGAAGUGCUGGACCUGGAUGCCCAAAGUCUUGGGGAUCUCCUGCGUUCAGAUGACCUCAACAUAUCACAGGAGGAGAUGGUGCUGGAGCUAGUGCUGCGCUGGGUGGAGAGGCGAAGAGGGGACUCACAGAGCGAAGCCCAGGCUGCGGAGCUGCUAGGGCUUGUCCGUCUGGGGCUUGUUGACCCUGGAUUCCUCCGCAAAGCCAAGAGGAGAAACCCAGUAUUGCUGCAGGAUGCUGAGUGCUUUGAGGUGAUUGAUGCUGCUCUCCAGACCUCAGGUCUCUGUGAGAUAUCAGUUCCACCUCGUCCGGCUCUUCGUUACGGCAUGGAGGCCACUGACCUGCUGCUCUGUUUGGGUGGGGUCAAUAAGGACGGAUUGCCCGCCCGACGCGGAGGACUUGCUGACCUCAGUUUGUGCUUUGCCCCCCAUGCUAGAAAAACUUGCUACAUCCCCUCUCCACUGAGGGCCUGUGGAGGUACGGGACAGAUCACAGCAGGCGUAGUGACACGGGACAAUAACAUAGUGGUGGCCAUUGAAACAUUCGACCAACACAGGAGGAAGAAGUUGGAUAUCUACAGGUACAAUCAUUCCGAGGAGAGCAGCUGGGUGGCGCUGUGCUCGGUAGCACACAGGGACAUGUACGCUUUGGGGCUCAUCGGCGACGCACUUUACAUGAUAGGUGGUCAGAUGAAAAUGCAUGAUCACUACAUCAUCACAGACAGCGUGGAGAGGUGGUCGCUGAAGAGAGGAGGCAGCUGGCUCAGCUUCGCCCCGUUGCCUCUACCGUUGGCCUGCCACUGUGCCGUGAGCCUGAAGGACCACCUGUAUGUGCUCGGGGGCUGGACACCACAGGAUCAGCCGGACGACGACCCUGACAAGUUGAGUAACCGCGUGUUUCAGUUUGACCCGAGCAAGGACAGGUGGGCCGAGUGUUCCAGGAUGAAGUUCUCCAGGUACCGCUGCGGCACAGCUGUCCUCAAUGGAGAAAUCUACGUAUUAGGUGGUAUAGGAUGCGAUGGAGCAGACCGCGGACAAUCACGAUGCUGUCUGAGCUCCGUGGAGAUCUAUAGCCCAGAUACAGACACUUGGAGGGCAGGACCAACCCUUCCCACUACCCUGCUCUCCCUCCGAACCAACGCCACCAAUAUUGGAGUAGUGGAGGGAAAGCUCUACCUCUGUGGAUAUUACAAGGGGGCAGGCCGUCAUGAGAUCAUCACCAAGGAGAUUUUGGAACUGGAUCCUGCAGACAAUGUGUGGACGGUGGUGGAAAGACGAGCAGCCAUGCACGACAGCUAUGACGUCUGUCUGGUGGCAAACCUCAAUCCUCGAAACCUCUUCACGCCCUGAUGCAUGACCUUCCUGAUUCUGAGGAACAAUGUUUGAGACCGGGACAUGUCAGAAAUAGACUUCUGCCUUCUAUAUCUCGCACAGUGUUAUAGAAACUCAGUUUCACUCUGGGAUUUCACAUCAUUCAACAAGUAGAUUGAUAAGAAUUAAAUCUGGGUUUAGUGUUGUGGCUUUGAUCAACAAAGGAAGACAUUCUAUACCUUCACCUUUUUUUUUAACUUUAGUGUAAAUGUCCAUAAGGAGUGUUUUCCUUCUCAAGCUAUAUAUCUAUUUUCAAGUGUAAAUAGGCUUAUUUUUGUAAAUUUUUGUAGAGAAUUAGAUAAGAAGAAUGACACUGCGCUCAUGUCUGAAUAUUCAUUUUGUUGCUACACCCAGGAGAUCGCAGGUUAGAAGCAAAAAGUUUGGCUCCAUCCACAGGUUUGCAAAGGACCUCUAUUAUUCACUCAUUCAGACAUUAUGUCUCAGGGCAUCCACAUGACAAACAUAUAUCAGACAAGUCAAUGUUCCCGCAACAAUCAACACCUAAACCCACAAACUGAAGAGUAUACAUGGCUUUUAACAGUGGAUUUUUGUUACCUUUAAAUAUAACCAGGCCAACCCUUUCUAGCUGUUUCCUGUUAUGUUAAGCUAAGGUAACCAGCUCUAAAAAUGGUCUUGCCUGUAUUUACGUAACCUUAAGGCCCCUGUAGGUUUUGCUACUUAGAAACAGAUGAAUUGGGGGAGAGGGAUUCAGUUAGUUGCAAUAUGCAACCUCAUCAGUAGAUGUCUCUUAAACAUACACACAAACAAAUGCUGUAAUUGUUCUGGUCUUUUUGGUGGUCCUCCAGUUAUCAUGCCACUUUAAAAGAUAGUAAGCUUUACCUGGACAGCUUUAAUAAAUGGUUACAAAUGUUUUCAUUAAUGGUAAUGGUUGUAUGAUGCUUAAAAUAUGAGUGAUAACUUGUUGAACCAUAUUUAUUUGUAGGUGGAGAACCCUCCAACUUAUCUUAUUUUGACCUUUAGCUGUGCGGCGCACUGAUGACAAAUGCUGUUUACUUUUUGAACCCCUGACCUCUGAAGGAAGGAUGCAUUAGU